AUGGCAUCCAGUUCUGGUCCCAAGAGCGACAAGCGCAGGGUUGUAAAUACAGUGCCUGAUUCUCCAUCGACACCGUCUAGAUCCAUUAAACGGUCUCGAUCUCCUAUCCCAAUACCCAGUGACAACGAGGAGGAACCGCUUCCCCGGCGCCAGAAGAGACCAGCGGACCAGAUGUACCCCUACGCCUGUCCAUUUUACGUGCGAAACCCGGACCUGUACUCAGCAUGUCUGGGGGACGAGGAAGAGCAGGUCGGUGACAUCGACGGCAUCCAUCGACAUCUGACAAGGAAACAUCGUGCACCAGAUUAUUAUUGCCCUUGUUGUGGCGUCCCCUUUGACAAUAGAGCCAGCUGUGACGAGCAUAUCCGGGGCAGGACGUGUGAAGCGAUAUAUCCUGCCCCAAGUUUCCAAGGCCUGACGAGUCAGAUGCGGGUGCAAUUAGACCAGGAAUUCAAGAAGCCCACAUCAGGGAGGUACAUGAGGGAUGACGAGAAAUGGUUUCGAAUGUUCAAUUUCCUAUUUCCGACAGAGGUCAGUCAGGAAAAAUCUCCAUAUCUCGACGCCGACGACGUCCGCACCAAGACGUUGCUCUCUCUCAAGGUCUAUAUCAGCAAGCGCGGGGGUCGCGACACGAGGAACGCAAUGACCGCGAUGAUUGACGAAUUCUCACAGCAAAGCCUGUUACACUCGGCGUCCCUUGAGGGCGUGAUAACAGUUACAGACAGGAACGUCGGCGCAUCAUCGGCUGCGAGGCCUGGACGACAUGUGAACGAAGACGCAAGGGCAAACGCAGCUGCCACAACAGCUACAACGGCCAUGUCCACUGCUUUGAGACAGCCAAGAAGCAGGUCUCCUACGGCCUCUGUCGUAGCCACCGGAGGCCCCAUGGCGCGUCGGACAGACCGCAACAGCCGGCAGCUUCGCCCACUACGCAAGCCGCACGUGUCGACUAAGCGUACAUGUGAUGCUUGUGCCAAGAGCUUCAACCACGCGAAAUCCCUGGCACGUCAUAUCAAGUUGGUGCAUCCCGACUCUGGGUACAGCUGUCCCGACUGUGGCCGUAGACUCGCCCGACGGUCCAGUCUCCUGCGGCAUAUGAAAAAUACAUGCAAGGGCGCCAUACACAGCUAG